AUUGCCUGAAAACAUAGCAAAUUCUCAGUGUACCACUAUAGAACUCUAUAGUACUGGUUGUAGGUAAACGUGCGCUAGCUCCCUAGUUUGGUGGACCCAACCUGGGAUACCUGUCCCUCUAGCCUGAUACAAUAAUUAUACUGUAGGUUUACUAGGGUAGGACUCAGAUAUGCUCAAGGGGCUUGGCCGGCACCAGCGGGCCGGCUCAGCACCAGGCACCACAAGCCAUGCGGCCCGCUGUCCUCAUCUCGUUAGCCAUGGCCGGAGACAGCUAGUAGUGAAUGCUAGAGCUGCCCGCUAUGACAGGCGAAAGCCACCGCCUCCAGACUUGCCUUCUUUGCUGUUCGACCAGCGCAUCGUCUACUUGGGCAUGCCGCUCGUGCCGGCGGUAACGGAGUUAAUGGUGGCUGAGCUGCUUUACCUCGAAAAGCAGGGCGCGACCCUGCCGAUCGAAAUGCUUAUUAACUCCUCGGGGACAACUCGACAAGAUGGUGAAAUUCUUGCUUUUGACAGCGAGGGUGUUGCCCUCACCUCCACGAUGGGCUUCGUCAAGAAUCCGAUCUCCACCGUCAACAUGGGCCUCGCAGUUGGCUGGUCCUGCGUGGUCCUUUCGUUCGGGCGGAAGGGCUGGCGGAAAAGCCUCCCCCACUCCCUGGCAAUGAUCCAGCAGCCGCGGGUGCCGCCCACUGGCCAGCGCCAAGCCAUUGAGGUGCACAUCAAAUGGCGGGAGGUGCUGGACUACAAGCGGGAGCUGCUGCGCACGCUCUCCAUCGGGACGGGGCUGCCGGUGGAUAAGCUGGACGCGGACAUGCAGCGCCCGCUCUACAUGCGCCCCCGGGACGCGCUGGAGUACGGCAUUAUUGAUGAGAUCAUUGAGCCCAAUGCGGAUAAGCAGGAGAAGGCUGCUGCCUACUGGAUCAAGAGCGGGCGGGCGGAGGGCGAGGGGCGGCUGGAGCAGUGGACGGAGUACCUGAGUGCGCAGGAGGAGUACGCGCUACGGGACAGCUUCAGGAAGGUGGCAGCGCAGGACCUGCGAGCCGCCUACCGCGAGACGGCCCAGCAGCUGCUGUCGGGCAGCGCGCGGAACAAGGAGCAGGUUGCGGGUCUGGCCUCCCGCCUCCCCCCCGAGAUGCUGGUGCAGGGCGGCUCCGCGGAGGAGGAGCAGGUGGAGGUACGGCUGCCGUUCAGCCGCGAGGGGCUGCGUCUGGCGGUGCUGAACGCGGAGAGGUUCGCGGAGCGCAAUGUGCAGCGGCACGUGCGCGCGCAGCAGGUGGCCGUACCUGACAACUGGCGAGCGAGCAUUGAGCAGCAGGCAGCCGCCUCCGUCGGAGCCGCGGCUGGGGGGAAGGAGGAGAAGGCGGUUGCGGUGGACUACGAUGCGCUGAUGGCGCGGGUGGAGGCGAUGGGCGAGGCGGAGUUCGCCGCUACGGACCUGGAUGCGCUGGUGGAGCAGUUCAAGGUGCCCGUGUAAGCGCCCGCGUGGGGGGGCGCACGUGUGUUGGGACCGCAUCUGCUCGGCGUCUGACUCCGUGCCUGGAUUGCUGCUCGCAUGGCCUCACGAGGCGGCGGCUGCAGCGGAGGGGCGGAAGACUAGCCUAGUGCCGGGGCACAUGCGGGGGGAGGGGGGUCGGGAGGUAUAGGUUGUAGGUAGAGACUGGUGAAGCGCUGACUUGGUUUGACUGGGUAGAGGUGU